UGACAAACGCCUUUGUACUUACAUACUGUACCCCUCCACCCUCUAAAUGCGUUGACAUUCUUCCCUCUGCUCAAUCUUGAUCUGUUCCUCACAUUGUCUCUUGUCUACCUUUCUCAUCAGCCAAACUCGCAGCCAUGUCGGUAGACCGCAAGAACAAGCCCGCACCCAUCCCCUCCUCCCCCUCCCUCGCCCAACCCAUAGUCGAUCUCACCGACAAUGUCCUGAAUGCCCGCCUGCCCAGCGGAGACUCAGUCACCGUUCACCUGUAUGGAGCAACAGUGACAUCGUGGAAGACCUCCAACGGCAAGGAACAACUCUUUUUGUCAUCUGCUGCGGCUCUUGACGGCUCCAAACCCAUCCGCGGUGGCAUCCCACUGGUCUUCCCAGUGUUUGGCCCUCCACCCGCAACCCACGCCACUGGCAAAUUGCCCCAGCAUGGUUUCGCCCGGAAUAGCUUCUGGGAGUUUUUGGGAAAGAGCAGCAGUGAAAGCCUGGGCCGCAAGGCAGACGACAGUGUCAAGUUGGACUUUGGUCUGAGCAGUGAUUUCCUCGCCGACGAGGUCAAGGCUAAAUGGCCCUAUGCCUUUGGCCUUGUCUACAGCGUCACCUUGAGCAAGGGCAAGUUGGAAACACAGUUGCACGUGCAGAACAAGGGUGAUCAGCCAUUCGAGUUCCAUGCUCUCUUCCACACCUAUCUAGCGGUCAAGGACAUCCACAAGACUACCGUCUCUGGCCUUGAAUCGGCAUCGUACGUCGACAAAAUGCGAUCUGCUCAGACCUUUACCGAAGAAUCGUCCAAUCUGGGAUUCACUGGCGAAACCGACCGAGUGUACACACCGCCUACGGGCAAGGACAAGUCUGCAUUACCGGUGGUGGUCAAAGAGGAUGGUCAGGAGAGUUUUGUGGUGAACCGCGACGCACUACCAGAUGUGACGGUGUGGAACGGCUGGGUGGACAAGAUUAAGGGCAUGGGCGACUUUGAACCGAAAGAUGGCUGGUUGCGAUAUCUGUGCAUCGAACCAGGCACCGUCAACUCGUGGACCAAGCUCGAGGCCGGCGAUGCCUGGCAAGGUGGUGUCACUUGGGAGAGUAAGUUGUGAAUCCCCUAGUCUGGGGAGAGCGACUUAGAUUUCGGGCUUCCAUAUCCUGUUGUAUGUACCGCCACCCAAACAUGGUAGGCAUCAGGACGAUUGAAUGACGAGCAAAAAACAAAAGACGAGCAAAGGAUGGGCCCACAUUGGGCUGAAUUCAAUAGAUUCAUAUAUCCACGCGUGCAAGCGAUUUGAGCAUCAUAGAUAAUCCAGAUCUAACCCAAGGCUGGAAUUUGAUCUGGCCUUUGUUUCCAC